AUGCCGAGAAUUCGAUUUCGUAACGAUGUAAGCCCGGACAGUUUUUGGGCAAGGAUCACCGGGCAAAAAUGGAGCAAGUACCACUAUUUCGUCUUUGCCCACACUUUUAUGAGUUAUGCGAUGCUUCAUGCCACCCGAAAAACUCUGUCAACUGUCAAACCUUCUCUCAUCCAUACAUGGACUUCCAACACUUCGACCCCAACUGGUCCCAUCUUCCCAACUCAGCAGGCCGCAGCUGAAUUCCUAGGAAUUCUAGAUACUGGAUUUCUGAUUGCUUAUGCUAUUGGGCUAUACAUAUGCGGAAUUCUCGGAGACAACUACAAUCCCCGACGUCUUCUAGCUUUUGGAAUGAUGGCUUCUUCAAUCUGUGUUCUCUGUUUUGGGUAUCUGACGGAAACAUUCCACGUGUAUUCUCCAUUGAUCUACUCCUUCCUAUGGAUUCUCAACGGAUUCAUUCAAUCCGUCGGAUGGCCUGUUGAGGUAUCAAUCAUGGGAAAUUGGUUUGGACACAAUGCUCGUGGAGCAGUUAUGGGAGCAUGGUCAUCAUGUGCCAGUGUUGGAAAUAUCAUUGGGACGCUGAUAGCCAGCUAUACACUGUUUCUGGGAUAUCAGUACUCAUUUCUGAUUGCUUGCUCUCUUCUCUUCAUCUACAGUUUCCUUGUAUUCUUCCAACUUCCAUCCGCUCCAUGGGAAGUGAGUAGUGAGAAUCUUCCGGGCCAAAUGGAGGAAGAACAAGAAGAAGAUCCGGAUGAACCAACAGAAAGACCACCACCUAUCGGAUUCUUGAAGGCUUGGUUGUUGCCUGGAGUCAUUGCAUAUUCUUUGGCAUAUGCUUGCCUGAAACUCGUCAACUACGGAUUCUUCUUCUGGCUUCCAUUCUAUCUUCACGCCGGUCUCCAUUGGCCAGAAUCCUACGCAGAUUCUCUAUCCACGUGGUAUGAUGUUGGAGGUAUUCUGGCAGCUCUGUUGGCUGGAGCAUUCUCGGAUCAUAUGAGAUCUCGGACACCCGUGGUAUUCAUUAUGUUGUUGAUGGCAACUGUGUCACUUUACAUCUAUGCACAUUCCCCUGAAUCUUAUAACUGGAAUGCAUUCCUCCUUCUUGUCGCUGGUUUUUUCAUUGGCGGUCCAGCCAAUAUGAUCUCUAGUUCGAUAACUGCUGAUCUCGGAAAAUGUGAACAACUACGUGGAAAUGCUGAAGCAUUAUCUACAGUAACCGGUAUAAUUGAUGGUACUGGAAGUGUUGGAGCCGCUCUUGGGCAAUGGUUCAUUCCAUCUGUGCAACAUUGGUUCGGAUGGGAUGCAGUGUUUUAUGGGUUUAUUGUUAUGAUCCUAUGCACCGCCCUUUGUCUGUGCCCAGUCCUUUACAAGGAACACAAAGAUCGUCGUCAUCAUCGUUCCGAAGAGGUAGACGCUCUUCUGAAUAGUGAUUCAGAUGAAAACGCAUCAGACGAUAUUCAGGAAGUGAGACGGAGACCAACUAAUUCUAAUGUAUAA